AGCUCCUGCUGUUGACCUUUUGAGGCUGAACACCCUAAGAGGAUAAAUCAAUGUUUCUUGAGUCAGUCAUUUUGACCACCACCUUGGUUAAUUCACAUUGUCAUAUUCUACUUGAUAACAGUGCCAGAGCAAUUUUUGUUCCUUACAUGUGGCGUCCAAAUCAGGAAUAAAAGUUGACUAUGGUUACAGGCUAAAAUUCAUCAAAUAUGGUGUCCAAUUUAAACUGUCUACCUUAGAAAUGUCUUUUUGAGAGACGAUAUAAAAGACGAUACAAUAUAAUCUAGAUGACAAGGUGGCAGGAUCAAAUCUUGCCACAAAGAACUGUGCUGAUAGUCAUUAAUAUUGCACAGUUCUUUUGUGCCAAAGAGAAUAGAGAGUAAUGCCUGAUGUAUAAAGUUCUUUUACGUGAUCCUAAAUUUACUAGCAUCUCAGUCUUUGACAGUUUAUGUUUGUACUAGCUGGGAAUUAAAUUUUUUGGCAAUAUUUUCCUCAAAGUACAAAAAAUAUGAUAUAUAACUUUUUUCACAGAGAAAAUGUGUGGACAAAAUCCAUCAUUGGUAACUGACUUUAAAUGCAUCUUAAUUGCUUUCUUGCAAAGAUAUAAACUCUGCUUAUCGCCAUGGAACGAAUAUAAUAACUCAACUUCACAAUGAAUUACAUAUUAAAGUGUUUUCAAAUAUUUUACACAGCAGUAAAUCUCUAUGGGUUACAGUUUAUGAUGAAUUUGAAGUACACCUGAUUAUCUUGGUUUAUAGAUUUCACAAUAUUAGUCCCAACAAUUUCAUUGAUAUAAAACGAUUACAGUGUAUAAUUGAUAUUAAUUGCCUGGGACUUAACAUUUUGGAAUACUGAUUGUAAAAAAGCGACUGGAUGCACGUUUGGUGCUGGCCUUGAUUGUUGAAGACUAGCUGGGAUAGUUGAAAUAUUCCACCUAUAAAUACAUUCCCUUUUGCCACAGAACUUCCCUCUCAUGUUCAGUUAAGUUGUUUUCACCCAAGAACGGUAGUAUUUGGCAGCAAAUUUUUUCACUGAUUCUUAAACGGUCUCACUAACUACAUAAAAGGACCAAGAAACUUUUGAAAGUCCGUGAAAAUUUAAAUUUUGUCCAGGGGAUCGUCUGUCUUUGUUAUUUAUUACUAAUAAUUAGUAUUUGCCAUCGCGUGACAUUUCAAAAUUGGAAACAAAAGAAUGUGUCAUCGCGAAGCUAAGAUCACGCAACGUUAAUUCUUUAGGAAAAAUAAAUAAAAAAAAUGAUGUUACCGCAUGAAAGGAUUAGGUGGAUUACAAUCUAAUUAUCGCAUUUGAAAGAACAAAUUUCAACACUUCAAUUUAUUAAUUCUUGUAUCGUGAAUGAAGUUUUUAAUCGGCUUGUUGAUUUCCUCACCUGACAGUCUCGUGUUCGCGUCUUCGUUCCUUGAUCCCCGUUAUAUAAUCAAGUCGCUGCGGCUGCAAAUUAACAUUCAACUAGAACGAACAACGACUGAUCGGUAAUCGAUUCUAAGAUUUGAAGGAUUUAAAAAAUCAAAAAUUCGACUGAUCUACAGUGGUGACAGCGGUGACAAUUUGCAAAUGACAACAGUGACUUUCAAUUUCAUUUUCGUCGUUUGCUUUCCAUUACAGAAGGGUUUUUUUUUUUGACGUCAAGCAACCGUACAUCGUUUUCGCCUAUUUAAAGCGGGAGACAAAACGCCGAUUUUUCCCGUUACGCAUCGACAGAGUCUGUCAAUUGUGGCGUUAUUUACAAUGUAUUUUAUGCACACGGUCGAAAGUAGACAAAACAAACGUUACUCAAAACAAUAUCAAUGCUCCUUGUAAUACGUUACCCUUUGAUCAAACUUCAACUAUUGAUCUGUUUCUUAAAACUCAUCGCUUAUUUUCAGGCAUUUUAACUCAUAAAUACACGAUUUAAUCCGAGAUAAAAUAUAAACGCCCAUCAUGCAUUCAGUAAAUUUACGUUUAAUUUUAUGCCGUUUGGGUAUAAAAUAUCAUUGAUAUCAACUGUGUGUGUCCAUUAGCUGGUCUGCAAAAUCAAUACACAGGUGUUGCAUUUACAUUUUUAGACUGUUCAUUUGCUUUUUAGGUUGAUCAUUGUCUCAUGUACUGACUGAAAAAAUCUCCCCCUUUGUAAACAACCCUACUGAAGGAUCUUUCUCCGGAGGGAUUAUUUCCAAGGGACAUUUGAAGACAUCAAAAUAGCGCCUGGUCGUAACGUAAUUUUUGUAUAAAAUUCUAACCUUAAAAUGUUGCCACUUGCUUAAAACUAGGCAUCCAAAUUUCGAUCAGUAAAAGUUCAAGGUUUAAAAAUUAAUUUUCGACAAUAAAGAUACACAUAACGAAUGUACCCUCACAGGAAUCAUGUAAGAGAUCCGCAUAAUAACGUUCCGGUAUGCUGCGUGCGCAGCGUUUAUGUCCCUAAUGACGUCACGUCCUCUCUCCUGUCAUUCAAACACGUGCUGACUAUAGAUGGCUGCUACUGUGUGAAAAGCUUUGACCGUCGGCGAAGCUGAAAAGGCGGUAAUUUUCUACAACGUUAAACUUCGUCAGACAAGCCCCAGCAACACGUGGACGUUUACAAACAAUUUCGGAGGCUUUGGAAUUUUUUUCCAAGUCGGCAUGGUGUCGUAAAAAGUGUCUUGGCGCUGUUGAAUGGCGCAAACCGUGCGGGUCCAUGCGAGCAACGGUGGAACAAGCGGUAGUCGCUUACAACAUCCCAAUAAGGUGCCUGUAUCGAACACGGAACACACGAAUCAUCAUUUUAAAUUUCCUUCAUCGGGCGGAGAUUAUUUCCCCGACCCUAACUUCCGCGAGAAUGGUUCUAGUACUACGCUAGGCUCGCAAAAUCAAGAUAUUUUGGAAGAGCUACACGAAUAUAUUCAAGGUCCUGACCAUCAGAGUAACAACAAUAAUAAGGCAAAUUCCUUGACCAACAAAAUGGCGACGUCGAAUUCGAGUGGAGCCAACCAACCAACAGCAAAUGCUAAUGGAUUUCAAAUGUCCAUGAAUUCAUCUACGGGACUACCAAACAAGAGCGGAUCGCUUGGUUUGGGUCUGCCCGCCUCCGUACAUCUAAACAAUCAACUUUCGUCAAUUCUCGACCCAGGAAGUUCGACGGCAAGCCCGGCCGUACCGUCUAGAAAUCUGAGUGAAUCGAACCCUAAUCCCGCAAAUAUGAAACUUUUGGCAUCAAAUCAGCCAGCUUUAUCACCACAAAACCGGUACAAUCAAUACAAUCCGAGACAGGAAAUGCUACUCCGAGGCUAUCGCCAAGUUCCCAUCGCACCUAGAGCGCCGAACGUAACCGAACAAUAUGGCUCCCAACAAAGGUUCAUGUCUGCGCAGAGCGAAAAUCAACUUAAAAGAGGGUUAAAUACUCAAUCAUCGAGCGCUUAUCCUUCCAGUUAUUACGCUCAGGACUCGAGCGCUUCUCAAGCUGGGCAAAGAGCGCCAAACUCACAGCCAGAUGAGAGAAAUAUGAUCACAAAUCAACAUUUUCAGUGGCAGCAGAACAGACUGCAGACGUCGAACCAUUGUUCGUCAAAUUUACCAACAAAUACUUCUCCCGGCCCGCCGAUGAGCAGGGCACAAUUGCAGCAGCCGGGAAUUCCCCAACAGCAAUCUCCUUAUAUGAUGAUGGGUGGCUCACAACAACAACAGCAGCAGCAGCAGCAGCAGCAGCCGCAGUCUCAACAAGCAACCUCCCAGCAGCCAUUUGCGCCAUACAUGAUGCAACAGGGAGGCAUGAAGGCGGGAGCUAUGCAACAGCAGUCACAGCAGUACUAUGGUAACAUGUCAAUGGGCAGACAGGUUAUGGGACAGUCUGCUCUCCCAGGACAGCCUCAGCACUUGGGGAAUCAAAUACAAAAACCUCCACAAGAUUAUGCAAGCUUUCAACAACAGCAAAUGCAGCAUAGAUUUCCUCGGGGAGGCAUGGAGCCUCAAUAUCCUCAACAAAUGCCUUACAUGCCUCAACAGCAACAAAGACAGCCACAGCAGCCACAACAACCACAACAGUCAUACCCACAGCCUCCAACUGGAAUGGCAAGGAUGCCGUCCUCUCAUCCACAGCCUAUCCUUCCCAAACCAUCCUCGGCAGACAUGUUCGGAGCCUCUGCUGGUCUACGGUACACCAGCAACAAUGUAGCAGAUAAUUUACCAAACCAGGAGUUCCCCCCUAACAGAAUGGCAGCUGACCAACAGCAACAUGGGCUACCGUCAGCAUCAGCAUCAUAUGGGAAUUCCCCCUUGGGACGGAUGGGUGCUUCUUCAGACAUGCUGGCAAAGUAUGGCAGUGGCCAAGGUGCAUACCAACGUGGUAAUCCUCCACCAUUUCCUGGUCCUCUCCACUCCAGGCACACGCCAUCCCCUAUACCUAACAUCACUCUGGGGUCACCUUUGAGGAGUGUGGCUGAUGGGACUUCUCCAUCUGUUGGAAUGCCUAAUUUUGGCACAGAAAGCCCAACAUCCACAGGAAGCAUGCCAAACUACCCCCCAAGUAAACUACCUCCUCCAUUUGGAAUGGGAGGAACACAGAUGUCGGGUUCAGGUGUGUCCAGCAGUAGCCUGCCUCCAGCUAGUGCAGGAGGCUCAAACCUUUCCACUUCUGGGUCUGGUGUUGGUGGGACUGCUGCUGCAGCAGCUGCUGCAGCUGUACUUGAGGCAGUCAGUUCUGGAUCAAGAUAUCCCAGCACAGCGCAAGGUCCAGGACCACCAUAUGGUAACCCUCAAGACAUGAUGAUGAGCAGUAAAGCUUCUGACAACAUGUCUGCUUCAAGGAUGUCUCCAAUGCAGUUAGGGUCUAUGCUGGGUCCAAAUGUACAAACAGGUCGUGUACCAUCCCCGACAUUGAAUGAAUUACCAACAGCAGAGGAUGUGGAGGCCAUGAUCGAGUCAAUGAGAGCAGGAGAAGCAUCGCUUUCGAAUGACAAUGAUGACCAACAGCAGCCACCCUCACAAGGUUCUGCUCCUCCGUCAGUGGCUUCCCUGCCUGCAACAGUGGCAUCAUCUCCUUCACAGCCACAGGGAACACCUGUAAAUGCUCAAAAUAGUAGCGCAGAUACUCGUGAACUCAACAGCUCAAAUCUAGACCUGCCCACCAUGGACAAAGAGGGCUCACCACCCUCACCACCUUCAUCACCUCUGUCCAACUUCUCUGGUUUAUCACCUGGAGUAUCUCCAUCUGGAGUGUCCAUUACAUCGUCAUUUGGUGACGCAGAAAUUGACCUGGAUGAAAUCAACCCUUCUCUUCCUAACAACCCCAUCUCUAUGUCUUCAUAUCAGUUUCCAUCAUCGAGGCAACAACAUCAGCAGCAGUAUGAGAAGGUAAGCAAGCUCUUAACUCGUAAGUUCCAUUAGUGCACCCUUUACUGAGAGUCAUGCAAACUACCUUC